CGCAAAUAUAGGAAAUUGGUGCCGCCGCGUCCAUUUCCGACAGUUCCGACAUCGGUCUCUGCCACAGGACCACGUUCCGCGCAUACCGAGGGCAAGAAUCGGAUAUGUAUAACACGAAAGACAGAGUUGGGAAAGUAUCUUCGAAGAUGCAAAGACGUGGUGCUGAAGGAUGGAUACAAAACGCUCUACUUGCAUGCAAUGGGCGCCGCCAUUCCGCAUUUAGCACGUCUCGCCGUCUCAUUACCGUCCAUAUUACCCUAUUCGGCAUCUGAUAUCCAGACGGCGGUAUUUACUGGCACAGUAGAGUUGCAAGAUGAGGUCAUUCCGGAAGACGAGGAUGAAGAUAUCAGUCUCCGAACCCGAGGUAAAUCCACGAUGAGCGUAAUAAUAAAAAUUGAAGGCGGCGAUAAUGAAGAUGUGGGGCAGGCGGAGAAGACCUCAAAGAAGCAGAAGGGUAAAGGGAGGAAAGGCAAUGCCCCU